AUGAUGGCCGAGCUGAUACUGACAAAAGCUGCCUUCCGUAAUUAUACGUUAACUGCUGAAAUGCGUAUUGAUAAAUUCAAAAUUUUUGAUGUUGUCAGUUUAAUUGAUGGCAUCGACGCAACCAGCCUCGAGUUUCUCGUCAGCGCCCUUAACGAACUAAUUAUUGGCGAUGAUGUGGCGCAAAAAUUAAGUGAUGGUUGGUGA